GAACUUCCGAUUUGGAUUUUUCGACCAUUGCCUAAGUGUUUGGAAUUAAUGCAAAUUCACUUUUGUAUCUUUUAUGGGUCAGUUGUUUUGUUAUAUUUGUUUAGGCAUGGAUACACUCUAAUGCUGAAUGAAGCGUAUAACGUGCUGAUACAAGAUGAUCUAAGGAAAAAGUUCGACACUUCCAUUGGUUCAAUGAAAGCAAAAUUUGGCUGCAGUGCAUCCGGUUUUAGCUCUUGGCAUGGGCCAGUGAGACCCCAAACUUUGUUUGUUGAUGCAAACGCCUGCAUAGGUUGUAGAGAAUGUGUUCACCACGCGAGCAACACGUUCGAGAUGGACGAAGCUCUCAGAUGUGCUCGAGUUAAGGUGCAAUACAGAGACAGCGACCGUAAAAUCGAUAUUUCGGUCGAAUCGCCCAAUGCAUUACAAACUCAAAGCCAUCUAGCUGCUAGUCCAACAACAAAUAUUCAGGACCCGGUUAUAGUUGACCCAACCCAGUUCAGGCCCAACACUCAACCCAGACCUGUUAGGGUUUCCACUUAG